ACCAGAAAAAAACUUAAUGAAGCAAACAUGAAAAUAUUAAAACAAGAAAAACUCAUUAAUGACUAUGAGUGUGAGAAGCGACAAAAAAAAUCAAGUGCCAAUGAAGUUCAACGUGAUGUGGAAAUUGGCAAGAUGCAACCUCAAAUAAUUGAUCAUGUAAAAAAAUCCCUUCUCAACUCAGAAGAUCAUGUUCAACAACUUUUGAAUGAAAAUGAAAGUCUGCAAAAACAAGUUGAACGUUUGCAGUUGUGCAGUUCUCAGCGAAAAAAGUCAGUGAACUACUUCAAGCGGUCUAAAAAAAGUAAAAAGCAAAUUUAAAACUGAAAUUGAUGGAGAAGAAGUCAAAUCUCUGAAAGUCAUAAUUCUCAACAAAGACAAAGAAAUUCAGUCAUUGUUAUCUGAAAUUAAUGAACUUGAAGAGAAAUUGAGAGACAAUGUAAAUACCAAAAAUGCUGAUGGCUCCUAUAGUGACAAUGUACGACUCUGUGUUAUUGAACUAGCUGGACUGGAAGUUGCAGUUGAAAAAAUUCCGAAGGUUGUGCAAGUUGUUUCUUCACACUUGUUUGCAAUACAUUUAAAUAGUUCUGAUUUACCAUCAAAGUCGACGACACAGGCUAUCAUUGAUGAAGGGCAUUAUCUUGCCAAAAAAUUCAUUGCGGAAAGGAUUGAAUCAUCUUCAAGUUUUGGCAUAAACAGAGAUGGAACAAGUAGAAAAAAACAAAAGAUCCUGGAUACAUCAAUCACCCUUGAUAGUGGUGAAGUAAUGAGCCUAGGAUUCACGCGAGUUGCUCAUGAAACUGCAAAAGCCAUCAAUGAGACUACAAAAAAACACAUAAAAGAACUCUCAGAAGUACAGACAGCAGCCGAUGCUGAUUCUUUUGUGAGGAAUUCAUUGAACAAACUUGCGUUCAGUAUGUCAGAUCGUGCAAGCAAUGAAAAAGCUGCAGAUAGACUUCUUGAUGAGUGGCGAGAUGAAGUGUUAGAAAUGACUACAGAAAGUGACAAAAUGAAGGUUAAACAUUUCCACUGUAUGGCCCAUGUUUUGCUUGGGUUUCACAAGUAUUCAUGUGAAGAUGUUAAGAACUUUGAAAACAAAAUGGUUGAGUCAGAUGGCCCGUUAGGGCGUGACAGUCUGUCCCAGUUCAAGUCAUGGAGGAAGACCGGAACAGUCGUCGAGCGUGUGGUCCGCAUGGUCUCUGAAACAUUUGGACCUGCUGGUGACCACCUUGGCCUGCGUGACAGAUGGGAGGCACACUGUAGCAAAAAUGGCGUGAAGUCUGUGAUUGGGAACUACCGUGACAAUCGCUUCAACGGACUGUUCCAAACAUCCGCAGAAGUUCUGCUACAUGCCGACGACAUGAUAUCAGUUUUAAAUACUGUGCAGCAGCCUAAUAGAAAGCUCAUCUCAGUUAAGGCGGACUUGCAGUGCGAACAAAUCAAAACCAUGCUAAAGUGUUAUGGACUCAUUUUUGUCAAGGUGACUGGCCCAUACUGGAACCUUGUAACAUCAGGGUCAGUACCUUAUCUCCUCCUGUACAAGAGUGUUCAGAGCUUGAGGAUGUACUUGAGCGACUGCGUCAACAAUCCAAAGCUGCUUAUAUCCGAAAGACAGUGGGCGGCUGAGGAUGUCGCCGAUAUACCUAACGGACACCUCUUCAUGAAGAAGUUGUUAAGUGGAGACCUAGAGGACACACUGUUGCUUGAUACCAUCAGCGUUGUUGCCAGUGGAAUGGUUAGGUGUAUCGAUAAACAGUUGGUUGACUUUUUGCCGGGUGGACAAUUUGGUGCCAUGCCAAGCGAAGAAGACCUCGACCACACGAAGUUUGCUCACUCUACAAACCUGAGCUGUGAACAUCACUUCGGGGACUUGGACAGCUCGCAAAGACGUAGGCCCAAUGCGUCCCUGCAUCACCAUUCAUCAGUGCAAAUGAUCAAACGAAGUCGAGUGAACUUGAUGAAUUGGUUCGACAAAAUGUCCUCAAAUGACCGUUCCAGUUUGUUAAAAAAUGCUCGGAAAGAAGGGAAGAAACUGCGAGAAGAACACAUUUCAUGUGAGAAGAAUGUUUUAAAUGAAAUAAAUAAAGACAUGUCAACUGAAAAUCAGAAGAAAGGAAGGAAACGAAAAAACGAUAUUGCUGAAGAAAUUGAAAAUGAAGCCGAAUUAAUCAACAUGAAUGACGACAUUCAAUUUGUCAAAAAUGAAUAUGUUGCUGUCGCCUACCAGGACAACUGGUACCCGGGUAUAGUUCAUCAGGUUUCUGACGAUUCAAAAACUCUCACCGUUCACUUUUUAGCGCAAACCAAAAAUACAGGACAUUACAUUUGGCCAACUCGUAAAGAUGAACAACAAGUGAACCCUCGGUUCAUUUUAAGGCAUGGUUUCAUGCCAGAAUGUAAAAACUCUGGAAGACUUUGGUUUGUUGCAGAACAUGCUGACAUAACAAAAGCUUACCAAACAUUCAGCAAGGUGUUUUUUUAGAUGUACAGGCCAAUAAACCAACAAGCUGCCGGACCUCAAUAUACCCUCGGUUUCCGCAGUAUAAG